UCAGAUAUAAAAUAAUUCAUUUUCAUUCAUUUUAUUAUAUCGUAUCUAUGGCCAUGUGACAUUGCAGCAAAGAUUUUCUACGAACCCAACACACAGUUGGGCUUACUUCCUCUUCUGCUUCAAACUCAGAAGCCGAUAACAUUCCAUAUAAAAUAGCAAUCAACAGAGAGGUUUAGGCUCAGAACGAUGCCGUUGAAUAUAGUACAUGAUGGUAAUGGAUUGCCCCGAAUCAUACUCACGGAGCCAACGGGGUCUUCAGCAGAGGUGCUCCUGUAUGGUGGGCAGGUUGUUUCGUGGAAGAACGAAAGACGAGAAGAACUGCUCUUUAUGAGUAGCAAGGCUAUUUGGAAACCACCUAAAGCCAUCAGGGGAGGCAUACCUGUCUGCUUUCCACAGUUUGGAAAUCUUGGUUCACUGGAGCAGCACGGAUUCGCAAGGAACAGAUUGUGGUCGCUAGAUAAUGACCCCUCACCUUUGCCUCCAACUAACAAUCAGUCAUCAGUGGAUUUGAUCUUGAAGUCUGCUGAAGAGGAUCUGAAGACCUGGCCACGUAGCUUUGAGUUGCGGCUUCGUAUUUCUCUCAGUGCUGGCAAGCUCACUUUGAUUCCCCGCAUUAGAAAUACAGAUAGCAAGGCGUUCUCCUUUACCUUUGCUCUGAGCAACUACUUGUCUGUAUCAGAUAUCAGUGAAGUGCGUGUUGAGGGCUUGGAGACACUUGAUUAUUUCGACAAUCUGGCGCGUAGAGAAAGAUUCACGGAGCAGGCAGAUGCUAUUACCUUUGAUGGCGAGGUCAACAGAGUGUAUUUGGACACCCCAACUAAGAUAGCGAUGAUAGACCAUGAGAAGAAGAGAACGUUUGUUCUGCGGAAGGAUGGCAUGCCAGAUGCAGUUGUCUGGAACCCUUGGGACAAAAAGACCAAGACUGUCCCUGAUUUGGGGGUUGAGGACUACAAAACCAUGUUAUGUGUAGAUUCUGCAGCCAUCGAAACCCCAAUUGUGUUGAAGCCUUUCGAAGAGUGGAAAGGCCGUCAAGAACUCUCUACUGUUUCAUCAAGCUAUUGCAGUGGGCAGUUGGAUCCUCGCAAGGUGCUUCAUGGCUUUCACUGACCAAUUAUGUGGAGUAAAUGGAGGUCUUAUUGUAAUUUAUGUAAGUUGCCUUAUUUCAUGGACCAGAAACAUCCUCUUGGUUUGUUCAUGUAUUAUCCUGGUUGAGGUACUUUAGGUUUUCUUGGAGCAAGACAGAACUAGCUGCAUGUAAAAUGUGAGAAUAUCAUUGCAGGGUCUCAUUGUCACAAAUUGGCAACAGGAAUUUUUUCCUUUAUGUUGCCGCUGAUGGUAAAGAAUAUGUGAUUUGUAUUAAAAUGUUGCCAAGUGAAUGAGAUUCAUGGUGCCGUAGUUUCUUUUUA